GCGGGCACACGGCCUGCCUGCAGUGCCUGCGCCGGCUGCCCAAGAGCAGCUGCCCGACGUGCCGCAGGGACUUCAACGGCCCGUCGGAGGGACUCAGCACUAACUUCUUGGCUGUAGGGUUGUUGGAGGGAGUCAGGCUGGGCCGAGCUGGUGCACAGGACCCGCCACCUGCAGCUGCGUCAGCACCACCUGCAGCUGCGUCAGCACCACCUGCAGCUGCAUCUGCACCACCUGCAGCUCCCCUUGUGGCCCGUGGCAUGGAUGUGCGCAAUAUCAGCAACAGUGGACCCGACGACAAGAAGCAGGAGAAGUUCGCCUUGCUGUGGGACGCGCCGGGGGUGACCCGGCUGGUGCGUGUGUACUGCCACAGGGACCCCGCCUGGAGCCUCCAGCUGCUGCAGCGCGCCGCGCCCACGCUGGAGCGGCUGUGUGUACGCUACCCCCGCGAGGCCCACCUGCUCGCCGUGCACACCAUGCCGCGGCUGACUAGGUUAGACGUGGAUGCUGCCCUGGCUGCCCAGGGCCCCGAGCUACCCGAUCUGCCGCCGGGACACGGCGGCCACGGCCUGCAGUGGCUAAGGGUGGGGAACCUCCCACGCGCCUGGACACGGUCCCUGCUGCGGGCGCACGGCGGCACCCUGGAGGAGCUGCAGCUCCUGGUGGGCACGGCGGAGUCUAAAGGGACGUCAUACAGCUGCGACGACCUGAACUCGCUGCUGCAGCGGAGCGGCCUGCGGGCGCUGAGGAGGCUGGUGUUGCGAAGGGUAGGUUGGAUCCACCAGCCAGCCGCCUGCAGGGAGCAGCGCGCCGAGGUGCGAGGGGUGCUGCCCGGGGCCGAGGUGCUGGUGCUUUGCGACAAGUGUGAUCAUGUAGAGAAGGAGGAGGUCUAGGGGCGGCAAGCAGCGGGCGUACUCCCCCCACCCCCUCUGGCAGAGAGAGGACUCCGAGCAGCAGGGCGAGAAGGGUGACAGCGGUGUGCUCGGGUUUACAGCGCAGACAACAUCCCUCGCGACCAGUAGGCACGGCGGGGGCGGGACAAGGCACUGCAAGCACAUUAGUGUUGCCUAGUGGGCGGCCACGGGUGCAUCACACUGCACUGCAGUCCACCAACCAGCCACAGGGAGCGAGGCCGCCUGGGCUAGUCAUUCAUCCAUCCAAGAAAAACAUUUAUUUAAAACAUGUGUGGGUACAGCUUUAAAAAUAAAGCACGAUAAAACUCAGGAUUAUUCGGGAUUAUUAUUUUUAACAAAACUAUACUAUUUGUACGACUUCUACCGAGGCGUGUCAAAGUCAGCUAUCA